UUAUCAAUCUGCAAAAACAACGUGUUUACAUGUUUUAUUUUUUAUAGUUUUAGGACUAAGCACUAGUAAACUUAAAAAAUAAUUAUAUAUAUCUUAAUUUAUAAUAUAAUGAUUAUAUAAAAUGAGUGUAUAUCACGACGAAGUUGAAAUAGAAGACUUUGAAUAUGAUGAUGAAGAGGAAAUGUACUACUAUCCGUGUCCAUGUGGUGACAGGUUUCAGAUUUCCAAAGAAGAGCUAAUAGAAGGCGAAGAAGUUGCUAUUUGUCCCAGUUGUUCUUUAAUAAUAAAAGUUAUUUAUGAUCCAGAAAUGUUUAAAGCAGAGGACGAGGAAGACACUGUUCUUAAUGAAAAGUUAACUCAAUUAAAAUUGGAAAUCAAUUAAUUUAUAAUUUUAAUAUAAAAUGAUAAACACUCUAUAGGGGGUUAAUAUUUUAGUAAAAGUUUUUUUUUCUUAUUUAAAAUAAAUUAUAAAUGUAUAUUUGUAUACACAAAAAAAUAAAACAUUUGUUUUAAGUUCAUCCAAUAACAAAAAUUUUAAAUUUAAACUCAAUUAAAAUAAUUUAUAAUUUAAAAUCAUUCUUCUUUUAAAAUAUUCCAAGCCUAAUUAUU